UGAUAACGUUGGAGCCACAACCGGACCCGGUUGCAUGCCGGUCUCGUCAUCGCAUCGCCUUUUGUCCACCCCGGGAUUCCGAGGACGGUUCAUCUCAAGACUCUCUAGCCUAUUCAACGACGACUCCAUCAGCCUCAUCGGACGUCAAGCACAGGACUCAGCAUCCUUUUUCACGGGACUUUGAUUCCACAGUUGUGGAUCUGGCAGGAGCUAUCGCAUCCUUGAUCUCAACACCUUCCGGAACGCUCGGCUUCGCAACACACCGGCUCUUCAAGAGAGGCAGAAAAUUCAUCAGCCUGUCCAUGAUUGACAAAAAGACACAUCGUCAUGGCUGAAGCAAAGAACCGGCGCCAGAAGCAUCUGGGGGAUAAAUCUGCGCAAAGCUCCAGCGGCAAUGGAAGUGCCCUUAUCAACGACGUCAGAGACUCUGCCGAAGACGAGCCCAAGGAGAACAUUUUUCUGCUGUGGCCCAACAUCAUAGGCUACUCGCGCAUCGUGCUGGCCGUGGCCUCGCUCUACUACAUGCCGCUGCACCCGCGGACGUGCUCGCUGCUGUACAGCGUGUCCUGCUUGCUGGACGCGCUCGACGGGUACGCGGCGCGCUACUUUGAACAGUCGACGCGCUUCGGCGCCGUGCUCGACAUGGUGACGGACCGGUGCACAACAGCGUGCCUGCUCGUUUUCCUGUCGUCGGCCUUCCCCCGCUGGGCCAUCGUGUUCCAGGGCCUCAUCUCGCUCGACCUAGCCAGCCAUUACAUGCACAUGUACGCCACGCUGGCCAUGGGCGGCGCCGAACAGAGCCACAAGAACGUCGACAAGUCGCGGAGCAGGAUUUUGUCGCUGUACUACACCAAUAAGAACGUGCUAUUCAUAGCCUGCGCGCUGAACGAGGCCUUCUUCAUCGCGCUGUACCUGCUCUCCUUCUCCUCCCCGCUCCUGUCACCUUCGCUGCUGAAGCAGGUGCCGCCCGACGCGGCGAGUGCCAUCCACCAGGGCGCCGAGGUCGACUCGUCGCUUCUCAAGCAGAUCUUCACCAACCCGUACAGCGCGGGCGCGCUCGAGCUGGCCCGCGCAAACAAGAUGGACAGCUUCUGGCCCUGGGUCCUUGCCGGCGUCAGCUUCCCCGUCAUGGCCCUCAAGCAGAUUAUCAACGUGGUCCAGCUCGUCAAGGCCAGCAAGUGGCUUGCCGAGGGGGAUGUGAGGGCGCGGACGGCUCAGGGGCUGCCUCGUCGGCGAAAGAGGAAUUAAUACCUAGAUUUUGAUUUUGAUGGCGGUGUAUGGGUAUGUAUGGUCCCUGGAAUACGGGAUUGGCAGCUUCCUUCCGACGUUCGGUAUCCGAGUUGUUGUAAGUUAUUGAGGAUUUGACAUCGGGGUGGGUGGUUGUUAUCUCUAUUUAUUUUGCAUGACCUCUACUAGGGGUUCACUUAUCGGCGUUUUUGUCGGGUCAGGGGUAUACGCAGCAUCAGUACAGGAGGGACCUUGUGGCAAAGAAAUGGGAUUGCUGGGAAGAGGCAGGCUGCUUAUACAGCUUGCUGGACCCUCCUUAGAUCGUUUGUACAUACAUAACAUAUAAUUUCUUCGUAGAUUUGUUCACUGUUUCAAUGGUUUGU